AUGCAUUCUUCUCUCUUCCUUCUUACAUCCUCCCUGAUGCAUGGCCUUGCUGUCGCCAAGUCCAUUGCUCCAAGCGCCGUUAGGCUUACUCAACCGUACUACCCGCUCAAUGCCAACUGCUGGGAGUACCAAGUCCCUGUCACCAUUACCUCUGAGAACUUGGUCUUUAACUUCCCGGACUGGAAAGAUGACUAUGCUCUCCAAGACUUCCUGACGGCUGCAACAACCCGUCAGAGUGCUGGAUACCCGAGCCCCAUUGUUGGCACCCAGAAUGAGACUACUACCUACACUCUGGCUGCAUCUUUCUGCACUCCGAAGCAUUCGGGUCGCAAAACUAUUAUUCUCGCGACUCAUGGCAUCGGGCAGGCCCGGACUCAUUGGAACUCUGCCUACCAGCCCGACAAGUAUAACUUUGUUCAGCAUGCUAUCAGCAAAGGGUACUCGGUCUGGUUCUACGACCGCCUCGGUACGGGCGAUUCUGAAAAAGUAUCUGGGUUCACAAACCAGCUUCGUAAGCAAAAGGCUAUCCUCGUUCAGCUUGCCAAGAUGGUCAAGUCGGGUCAAUACACAGGAACCUUCGGAAAGCCUGCCAAGCUUGCCGUUAUGGGCUUUUCUUUUGAGUCAUUCAUCACACAUUUUGCCGUGGCCAAGAACCCAACCCUUGCAGACGCUGCUAUCUUGACGGCUAUCAACUACAAUACUACUGGGCUGAACGCCAAUGGCUUGGUUCGCUCGUUCGUACCCCGAGUCGCAUCCCUUCAGAACCCCCGUCGUUUCGGAACACUCGAUCCAGGAUAUUUGACCUGGGUCGAUGCCAUUGCGCAGAUUAAUACCUACUUUAAGUAUCCGUACUAUGAUGUUCCUACCGCAUCCUACUGUGAAGAGUACAAGCAGUCAUUCGCCAUCGGAGAGUUUCUGACUCUUACGGAUGGCAACUUUGACGCCAGUGGUUUCACUGACGCUGCUCUUGCUAUUACUGGAGAAACAGACUACAUUAUCUGCGAUGGAGACUGUCGAGGCAUCUUUGAAGAGCCGGCACGAACUAUCUGGAAGAAUGCCAAGUUUGAGGCAUACUUGCACCCACAUGCGAGCCACAAUUUCAAUUUCCACCAUAACGCUACGAAGGCCUAUGGAGUCAUUACCAACUUUCUCGAAUCAAAUGGUCUUUAA